UAUCUUCCUUAUAACACAGCUGCUGUUCAAGCCCUUUGCCCUGAUGAACUGCGAAAUAGAUUGCAAGCUGAACAGAAAAAGAGCUGCAGUAUGUAAGCUAAGUAACUCUGAGGUAUACCUCAUCACCUUUGCAUAUCCUGUCAGGAUCUAUCGAUCAAAUGCUGUCAGCUAACACGUCCCAGCUUGGACAAGGGCAAUGCGGAGUGCAGAAGAAGCCUCAAUUUGCCUAGGCAACGGAAAUUCAACUUUGCCGAGCUCUAUACAAUAAAUAUGUGCAUUGAGGAGUGCAACUUUAUAGCCAACGGCUACAUUGAAAUCGAUCCGCCCUAUCGCCUGGACCUGGCCAAUAUCCGCAUUAACCUGCAGAGCCUGGCACCCCCACCGCAGGAGGAGUCGAUUGCCUUCCUCCUGGAUGCCUAUCGGAAAUGCGAGGUGUUCCGAUCCUCCCACGGCGGACGCUUCACCCUCCACCUGCCGGAUAUUGACUUCAUCGAGGAGCCCUGCAACCCCUUCUCCCUGCAGAUUACCAUAUGUCUCCGCAUCCACGCCAUGCAAAAGUGCCCCGACCAAUUCUAUGUGGACAGCGAGGAGUGUCGCCUUGCCAGGGAAUACUUCACCCAGUGCGUGGGCGAUAUCGAAGCCAAUCUCGUCUAGGCUUCUACCUGCGAGUUUCCGGGAUAUC